GCGCAUCAUUUUGGCAUAUAGCAGCCAAACCUCACAUGGACUCUCCAUUUGCGCAUAGGAUGUGCUGGAGUGGAAUAUCACCGGAACAAGCCGUGUUAAUGGCAAUACUCGUCUAUACUGGACACUUAGGAUUUAAAAUGAACACAAGCUGAUUUAAUAACAUGUCUGACGCUACGUUUACUCCGACUCCCGAUGUAAAGUUUCCGGGCGACUCUCCGGAGCGCGACAACAUCAGCGCCGCUCCGGAGCAUCCGCACUUGCAUUCAGGCAUUAUUAUCGCCACCAUUUACGCGCUCCUCAUAACUGCUGGACUAAUUGGUAAUGUGACGUUGAUUAGGACGUUUUGCAUCGUGAAAUCCAUGCGCAAUGUCCCUAAUCUGUUCAUGUCGAGUCUCGCUCUCGGAGACGUGCUUCUGCUGGUCACCUGCGCCCCCGUGGAUGCCAGCAAGUUUCUAGCGGAUGAGUGGCUCUUCGGGCGGAUGGGUUGUAAACUCAUCCCGUUCAUCCAGUUGACGUCGGUCGGAGUGUCGGUGUUCACGCUUACAGCGCUGGCAGCGGACAGAUACAAGGCUAUUGUCAAGCCAAUGGAUAUCCAGACAUCUAAAGCCUCGCUAAAGGUCUGCAUGAGGGCUGUGUCGAUCUGGCUUCUCUCCAUGAUCCUGGCCAUUCCUGAGGUGGUGUUCUCCGAUCUCCACACCUUUCACAUCCCCGAAACCAAUGAGACUUUUAAAGCAUGUGCCCCGUAUCCUCAUGCCGGAGACCUGCACCCCAAAAUCCAUUCCAUGGCCUCCUUUCUCAUUCUGUACAUCAUUCCUCUCUUUAUUAUUGCUGUGUACUACAUUUUCAUUGCCAGGAGUCUGAUUCAGAGUGCGACUAACAUGCCUGUGGAAGGAAAAGCACACAUUCGAAGGCAGAUUGAGUCACGGAUGCGGCUUGCCAAGACAGUGCUGGUGUUUGUGGGUCUUUUUGCCAUCUGCUGGCUCCCCAACCACGUGAUUUACCUCUACCGGUCCUACCACUACACAGAAGUGGACACCUCAAUGGCCCAUUUCAUCUCCAGUGUGUGCGCACGUAUCCUUGCCUUCACCAACUCUUGCGUGAAUCCUUUCGCUCUCUACUUGCUCAGCAAAUCCUUUAGGAAGCAGUUCAACAAGCAGCUUUGCUGUUGCUGCCCCUCCAUCUUGCUGCGUUCACAAAGCACUAGGCGUAACAACACACGACUGAGUUCAAUCAAAAGUACCCAGAACCACUCUGUUGCCAGCUUCAGCCUUGUCAAUGGCAAUGUUGUCUGCCAUUAGAGCUUCCUACCUUAAGAAUUGUUCACCCAAAAAUGAAUACCUUCACAGAUCUGCUUUUGCACAUCACAGAAAAAAUAACAGCAUACAGGUUUGUAAAUAAUGACAGAAUUAUGAUUUUUGGCUGAACUAUUCCUUUCAAAUGACUGAAAUAACAAGAAACUGGGAAGGUUUUGUGCCUGUUGAUAACUGUUGAAUUGGAUUUUGCAAUUGGUGUUUCUCUCUGAAACCACAGAUGAAAAUACAUUUGAAAUUAAGGACAUUGAAAAAUAUUUGUUGUUGUAGCAAAAACAAAACUAAAAGUUCAAAAUCCAUUAUAUGUUAAUGUUUGGAAUUCAACUGUGAAAGAAGUUUUAACUUUCUUUAAUAUGUCUAACAUUUAUUUAACUAUUACACACUUCAAUAAGUGAGAAAAAUGGUACACCUGAUCAGAACAAAGGUGUCUCUAGACAUGUUUUAGAACAUGAAAAUGGCAAAAGUAAUUAAAUGGUUGAAGACAUCCAUCUAGUGUUUGUUCACGUAGGAAAAGAACAGAAAAACACUGCGAACGAGGUGGAUCGCUAACUAAAUUAUGUUUUGACGAAUUGGAGGCUAAUUUGUAUGAGCUCAUUCGUAUCUUUUCAUACAAUCUACUUGCACCCCACUGAUGUUUAGGUUUAGAAGUGGGGCUGGGGUAUAAAUCACAUUGUAUAAAUUCAUACAAGAUUGGCCAAUUUUCUCAUGAGAUCAAGUGAUAUCUAGUUCAUACAGUGCUGUUUAUUCUCUGUGUUCUAUCUUGAUACUGUUUGUUUUACUGAGAAUCCAUUUUAAAUGAUUCAGCAAGAGAGUGGUCUGAACGAUUGUGACUCAUUUCACACCAUAUUGCAAAGACAUUUGGCCAUUUCACUGAAAAGAAAGAACUGACCACAGUGUGUACAGCCGUAGGUGCCACUGAAGAGGCAAACCCAUGUCAAUGUGAAGGAAUAAACAAAGAUUAUGUAAUUUACUCUAUACAUAUUUAUUUAUUUUGUUUGAAGUAUUGUAUUAUAUUACAGUAUAUGUAGAUAUUUUUUUCAUGGUGACUUGCAGUUCUAAUGAGUUUAUAGAGGUAGCCAGGACUGUGAUUGUUCUGAAUAUUUGGAUAUAUAUUUUUCAUGAGAUUUUUGGUUUUAAGUUUACAGAGGUCAAUUUGGAAAAAGCAUUUAUUUUAUUGUUUUUAAAUGUGAACAAAAUAGUGUCCUUUUCUGCUUUACAUUAUAAAAUUAAAAGUAAAAAACAACAACAACAAAAACUGAUCAAUGGCUGAUGCGCUGCUGUAUUAUUUCAUAAGUUUUGUGUACAAGGUGAAUCCUGGCAGGAAUUGCGUCAGGUUUGCUGAAGGACACAAGCUUUUGUGGUGCCUUUAGAGGAUCAUUCUUUGUAUUUUCAAGAUGCAGAAAAAAAUUCUUCAUUGCAGUUUCGCUGCUCAGUCCAUCUCAAUGCUUUUUUUAUUGUACUUGCCAAAGAGCUUAGUGGCAAACUGAUGGAGCUUUUCAUUGUCACAGACUGCUGUUCUUUUUGUCUAAAACAGACACUAUAAGAUGAAAAGAAAACUAUUUGACCUGUAAUGAAGUUAAUGUGCAAUCAUGUUUUCAUCAUUGUUGUGGACUUGUGAUCUUGUUUCACAUGAAGAAACUCAAGUGUGUUUGACUUUGUGAAUAAAAUGGUGCAUUUACCUGCUAAAAUAGCUCCGUAUUACA